AUGUCUAAUAACACUGAAGUUCUCCCUGCAUCCAUGUUUACGCUUCUUCCCGAAUCUUUAAGAAAUUCAUCACUAUAUCAGAUAGAAGAAUUUAUAAAAAUUCAUCAAGAACAAAUUAAUCAAACCACCAUCUUCAUCUACACGACUAAUCACGUAUUCUAUCUCAUGAUAUUAUAUUUCUCUGCAAAAAUCAUCGAACGAGCACUCAAAAAGUAUAGUCCAGAUAUGUCAAUAGAGCAUCUUCGCAACUGCACCACAUACAUCCUCGAGAUCUUUGUUACAACCGUUGGUCUCUGCAUCUUGCUUGCGAUGUACAAUCUCAUAAUCAAUAAAGAAAUUAGUUUACGUGAUUAUAAGUUAGGCCAAGUUGUUGCCUUAUUAAUCUGUGAUUUAUACAUAUUUGAACUUUUAUAUCGUACAACCAUGCGAAGACCACUCAUAGCUCAUCAUCUGACAACAAUGGUCAUGAUGUCAUUGAGUAUUUACGUUAUAGUGAGCGGCGGACUUACAGUUUAUCCUCAUGCCAUCUUACUAUUAUUUCAAGCAACAACGGAACAAAGUACCUUCCUCGGUCUACUUUUUUAUCGAAUAAAGCCAAAAUACGCAUCCGAUGUACUAUUAUUUUCCUCCAUACAAGUUUUCAUUGUCAAAGUAGGCACACUGGCCUGGUGCUUUGUAUUUUGGGCACAAGAUAUGCUUCCAAAUAAAGACCAUCUGAAAAUCUGUGACGGGUGGAAUGUUAUAUUCCCAAUAGGUGCAUUCAUUCUAUUCCUCACACAGCUUUGGGCAACUUAUGUUGUCUAUAAAAUAGCAAAACGCUCCUACAGAAAACAUCAACAACAAUUAACAGAUCUCGAUACAGUCCUACCACAUUCAGAAUAUCGCGAUUCAGCAACCACGAUAGCAUUUAAUUUCGAGAAGAGACAUUCAAAAAAAAUUAGUGAUGAUGAUUCUUUUGAUUCUGUUGAUGAAUUAUCUGGCAUGCUUCAAGAUGACGUGUUAAAAAAGGAUUACGCCGAAGUGGAAUACUUUGAAAUUAAAACGGCGGGAAAUGUAUACAAACCACAUCACAAAUAUAUGCGUUCUGAGGUUAGACUCACGAAUGGGAGUGACUAA